AUGUAUGUAUGUAUGUAUGUAUGUAACUAUGUAUGUAACUAUGUAUCUAUGUAUGUAGUGGAAUUUUCCAAGCAAAUCAGAGUACCACUCAGGCCUAGGACAUGA